ACUCCUCGUAGAUACCCAACACUCUCCAAUCCCCUCGAUCAAACGCCUUCAUUUCUCGCCCUUUUUCGUCUCCAGAUAUCCCACAAAACCGCAGCCAUGGGUUUCACCGAUCUCCUCACUGAUGCUGGCCUCACCCUCCUGAACAACUGGGUUUCCACCCGCUCCUACAUCACUGGCUUCUCUGCCACCCAGGCCGACGUCGCCGUCUUCAAGGCCAUCAAGGAGGCUCCCGCCGCCGACAAGUACCCUUCUGCUGCCCGUUGGUACAAGCACAUUGCCACAUACGAGGAUGAGUUCGCCACCCUCGAGGGCGAUGCCAGCAAGCCCUACACCGUCUACGGCCCUGAGGUCGCCGAGGUCACCCUGAACCCCGCCAAGGCCCCCGAGGCUGACGAUGAUGAUGUCGACCUGUUCGGCUCUGACGAUGAGGAGGAGGAUGCCGAGGCUGCCCGUGUCCGUGAGGAGCGUCUGGCUGCCUACCGUGAGAAGAAGGCUGCCAAGCCCAAGGUUGCCGCCAAGUCUGUUGUCACCCUGGAUGUUAAGCCUUGGGAUGACGAGACUGAUCUGGCUGCCAUGGAGGCUGCUGUCCGUGGUAUUGAGCAGGAUGGUCUACUGUGGGGUGCUUCCAAGCUGGUCGCUGUUGGCUUCGGUAUCAAGAAGCUGCAGAUCAACCUGGUCGUUGAGGACGAGAAGGUCUCCCUGGAUGAGCUCCAGGAGCAGAUCCAGGAGUUCGAGGACUGGGUCCAGUCCACCGAUGUCGUCGCCAUGCAGAAGCUGUAAGCGGGUGCAAAAUACUGGUGUUGUGAGUUGUGGUACGAAUUUAUCAUGGGUAAUGAUUGGGGGGUAAGAAUCUAUCAGUGUCUUACAUAGUUUGUUAUGCGCUGGGUGAGGGCUGUCAAAAGUCGCCCUCUCGCAUAGUCACGGAUUCUCAAAAGCAAAAAAAUAAGAAGCCAUAGACAAUGUCUCCUUCGGGGUCCCUGUUAUGCCGCUGUGACACUUGAUGAUUCUCUCAAGAAGAGAUUGGCCUGAUGAUGUUACGGAAUUAAAUAGCCAGAUAUAUCGCCCUUUCUGAGGCGGUGAUCCACGACAACGAUUACAAGCGCAAACAGGCAUGUUUACAAGUUCAGGUGUUAGAUGACAACAUUGAAGGCUUCAUGUUUAUUG